AUGAAGGCCGGAAUCUUCUUCUCUUUCUUUGCUCUCGCCGCCUCGGCUUUCGCGACUCCCAUCAUCGCGGAGCGCCAGAUCGAGAGCCAGGCUGAUCAGAUCGAUCAGCUGACCGCCCUUGUUCGCCAGCACACCGCGAACAUGAACGCAACUGCCGCUCUUUACCCCGACAACCCCACCCUCGCUCAGCAGACAGAUGCCGCCAACAAGCUCAAGCCCGACUUCGACGCCGUCACCGACGCCCUCAAGACAGCCACCGCCACCCUUUCCAAGCGCGAGUUCUGGACUGAGCCCGUUGCCCGCACCGAUGGCGGCUCCUGCGACAAGGACUGCUUGACCCUGAAAAUCAAGAUCCUCGUCUAUGAGAUCACCUGCACCCUCAAGUUCCUCAUCAUCAAGCUUGGUCUUGGCUGCCUCAUCCCCCUCCUCACCCCUCUCCUCAUCGCUCUCUCUGGUCUGCUCAAGUGUCUCGACAAGGUUGUCGCCGGUCUGCUCUUCCUCGUCGGUGGUCUCCUCCACUCCCUCCUCGGCGGCCUUGCUGGCGGUCUCCUCGGCCUCAUUGGCUUCUAA